GAGGGUCCCUGGUUCGCGCCCGGGUGUGGUCGAGGGGAUGGUCUAAAGUUAUACUGUUACAUAUGUACUGUAUAAGAAUUCUGAAACUAUGAGACUGACAUUUUUCUCAACAUGCUCCAAAAGUGGGAUAACGAGCAGCAAUAGUUCUGGUGUUUAGGUUUUGUGUCACUGGUUAUUUGAACCAAUCAUGAUUUUGCAGGUGUUACCAUCUGUCACAUGUUGGAAGGGGAGGGGACAUUCAGCCCGUAUCUUGAAAGAGGGGGUGGAGCUUCUCAUUCCGGUUCUUCUCCUUGUUCAACCAUCUCUUAAUCUCUCCACUUAUGAACCCAGAACUUAAGCGAGCAGUUGACUAAUUAUGUGACACCUAACCCAGAAUUUAACUAUGAUUAACUCUGGUGAAAGAUGUUCAACUCCAAUGAAUGCUCAAUCAAACAUUCUGAACAUAAGACGGGGCAUUCCAAGUGUUAUCAGUUUUGACAUUUGUAAAAAAAAUAUAUAUAAAAACCAUUUCCAUCGGAAAUAUUUGGCAAAGUGAUUGAAAAUGUUGUGGAAAGUAGUGAUCAGUGACACACUUCAGGAGAAAUGCGAUAUUACAAGUAUGCACCAAUCAAUCAGAGAUUUAGACUAAAGUAAUCAAAUGUUUGGUUUAAUGAUAUUCUAUGUACAAUGCUUCCUGUGGUCACCAGGACAGACCUAGUCCAUCCCCCUCCAACCUGCCGGAGUCCCCUGGUCACAAUUCUCCUGGUAGCGCCUUACUGCUGGAUCUGAAGAGGGUGUCUGUGUUGCUGGUCGACUGCAGGAAAACACCAGGAACUGUGAGAAAAGGACACGAGGAGGGAGAUGAAGAUUUGAUUUCAUCAAGGGACAGCACUAACCAUUCUCUCAGUUGGAGGGGCUUGUCAUCUGCGGAGCCUCAACAACAUUGUGUUGCUGACGAGACAGAGAAGUGUCUCUAUAGACCAGAACACCCCAAGAAACACCAGCAGAGAUGUAUAGGGAAGAAACCUCAACACUGCUGCUCUGACUGUGGGAAGAGUUUUACUAGCAGGAGUGAUUUCAUUAUUCACCAGUGGAUUCACACCCGGGAGAAACCGUACUGCUGCUCUCAGUGCGGGAAGAGUUUCACUGCUUCUAACGCCUUCCAAUCUCAUCUGCAAAUUCAUGCAGGGGAGAGGCCUUACCCGUGCCUUGAUGGUGGAAAGAGCUUCAAUCAGUCAAGCAACCUGACUACACACCAGCUAACACAAACUGGAGUGAAGCCUUUUAUCUGUGAUCAGUGUGGAAAGAGCUUUGCUGUAGCUUCCACCCUGAGUAGACACCAGGUUACACACACUGGAGAGAAGCCUUAUAGCUGUGAACAGUGUGGGAAAAGCUUUGCUGUAGUUUCCUCCCUGAUUAGACACCAUCGAACACACACUGGAGAGAAGCCUUAUAGCUGUUAUCAGUGUGGAAAGAGCUUUGCUGUAUCAGAAAAACUAACUAUACACCAGCGAACACACACAGGAGAGAAGCCUUAUAGCUGUGAUCAGUGUGGGAAGAGCUUUGCUGUAGUUUCCUCCCUGAUUAGACACCAUCGAACACACACUGGAGAGAAGCCUUAUAGCUGUUAUCAGUGUGGAAAGAGCUUUGCUCUAUCAGAAAAACUAACUAUACACCAGCGAACACACACAGGUGAGAAGCCUUAUCGCUGUGAUCAGUGUGGGAAGAGCUUUGCUGUAGCUUCCACCCUGAAUAGACACCAGCUAACACACAGUGGAGAGAAGCCUUAUAGCUGUGAUCAGUGUGGGAAGAGCUUUGCUGUAGUUUCCUCCCUGAUUAGACACCAUCAAACACACACUGGAGAGAAAACUUAUGUCUGUCUAUGUGGGAAGAGCUUUGCUCUAGCUUCCACCCUGACUACACACCAGCGAACACACACUGGAGAGAAGCCCUAUAGCUGUUAUCAGUGUGGCAAGAGCUUCAGUCAAUCAGUACACCUGAAUACACACCAGCGAACACACACAGGAGAGAAGCCUUACAGAUGUGACCAUUGUGGAAAGAGCUUCAGUCAAUCAGUACACCUGAAUACACACCAGCGAACACACACCGGAGAGAAGCCUUACAGCUGUGAUCAUUGUGGAAAGAGCUUCAGUCAAUCAUUAAACCUGAAAACACACCAGCUAACACACACUGGAGAAAAACAUUAGAUAGACAUACAGUACCAGUCAAAAGUUUGGACACACCUACACAUUCCAGGGUUUUUCUUAAUUUUUUUUAUUUUCUACAUUGUAGAAUAAUAGUGAAAACA